AUGGUCGUUCAUCACAGCCAACAGGACAGAGAGUCUCACCAGCAGAUGGGGGGUAGCAUGGCCAGGCUCUGCAUAAUGUCGUCGUACCUCCUGCUAGACGUGGACAACCCACCGCCUACCGAUCGGCACCAAGCAGCGAGUGAGCGCGCCGGACCCUCGGAUGGUCGGGUGCCUCAGCCCCAGAGAGUCCUCACGAUCGACCACCCUUCGGCGGUUUGGACGGGCUCGGAUGCUCUUGGCCUGUCCGCCCUCCGUUGA